UGCUGUUUUGUUUGUCUUUUGUCAGUAUCAGCAAGAGGAAGACACCAAGAUCAGAGUCUCCAGAACCCAGCGGUGUGUCUGUGAAGAGUAGCAGAUCCAUGCUAGCACCUGUUGUAUUCAGCGAUGGAAAAGCGAUCUCUGAUCCUCUUUUCAGCAUGGGGGAGACACAUGAGCUGACAAGACCUGUACUUUUUUCUGCAUCUCACCACAGGCAGGACAUAACUGAAACAGCCCUACAGACACACACACUGGAGACUGGGGACCUGCAGAGAGUCAAAGACCAGCACAAAACCAGCAUGAAGAACAAGUAUGAGAGAUUAUUUGAGGGAAACAAACUCCAAAAUAAUGAAACCCUCCUGAACAGGAUCUACACACAGCUCUACAUCAUAGAGGGAGAGAGAGAAGGAGUGAAUGAAGAACAUGAGGUUUUACAGAUGGACAAAACAUCCAGAACACAACACUCACAAGACACUCCAAUCAACUGCAAUGACAUCUUUAAAGCCUCAGCUGAAGCAGGAUCUGAGGAGAAAGACCAGAUCAAGACUGUUCUUACUAAAGGCAUCGCUGGAAUCGGAAAAAGAGUCUCUGUGCAGAAGUUCAUUCUGGACUGGGCCGAGGGAAAAGCCAAUCAGGAUGUAGAUUUCAUGUUUGUGCUUUCAUUUCGAGAGUUGAACUUGAUCCAAGAUCAUCAGUACAGUCUUCACAGACUCCUGCUGGACUUUCAUCCCGAACUUCAAGAUCUGGACUCACAGAUUUAUGAGGAAUGUAAAGUUGUGUUCAUCUUUGAUGGUCUGGAAAGCAGAAUAACACUGAUGUUUUCAGACACUCAGAAAACCAGCAGCAGCCAAUCAGAUCCCCUCCAAAUACAUCAACCGUCUGACAGAAAUUCAGGGAUUCAAUGA